AUGGCAACCUCGCAUGUAAGUUUGGAGGCUGAGCUCCAAGCUUUCAAUACACAGCAGUACCCUACAGUAUAUCAAACAAUACGCAAUAAUCGAAGUGUGCUAUACAAACGUAAGAAGCAUUUCUUAUCCGAUCUUCGAUCCUCGAUUCAAGUGGUUGAAGUUGUUCUCAUCAUCAUUAUAUACCUACGGGAUGUUUCCUUUUUCAAGCUCAUUAUACGAUAUGUCGUACAUUUAAGCAUAAAAGCCAUUGAUCCACAUCACAUUAUUCAAAAUUUUGGUAUGAGUGGGCAGAAUGCGCUGCUAAGUGGAGAACACCGACGGUCAAUGGUGAAGAUCAGUUUGAGAGGUUUACUCUUGGGAAACUUAUUUUGUCUUUUAUCGCAUUUGCUCCUUGGUGUAAGGACGCAAAAAGUAGGAGUUUUUGGAGACGAGUACCUGUAUGGAGGAAUGAAUGUUAUGUUUAUCGGAGAAAAGCUUCCACUGCUGCGAUUUGAAAUAGUCGCAUUUGAUUUGGCUAUAUUUGCUACGCAAUUGAUCUUCCACUACCUACUGGGGAUAGUUGAGGAUCUGGAAGUUUUAGAAGGAAGAACUGCUUUGGGACAGGAACUUGGAACCCAUGAGACAGAGUUGCAAGAAGUUGGAAUACAAACAAGAGAUUCGAACGAGACGAUGGAAAGUUCUGCAGGAGGAGAGUACGGGGAAAGCAAUCGUGUACAAAAGGUAUUAACUGGAGAAGAUGGAUAUGAUGGCAACGUGCAUCUCUUGACUAUUGACCUUAUGGCUGGUAUUGAAAAAGUAAUGAACUAUGAAAUAAUACUGCGUAUUUAUAGGCCAGAGGGUAAUAUAGCGUGA